GCGUAGCCUCGUUCAAUGAGACAGCCAGCGGUGUGGCGCCCGUAGAACUGACCCCCACCACUGGCCGGAUAUGCGUGCAGCGGGUACUUAUCAGGGGCGGGUGAAUGGGAUGUGAAUCAUGGCCAUCGGCACGCCAGGGAAGUCAGUGCUGCGGAGAGGACUGAUUCACCUGCUCACCUGCGGGAGAGCAGCGUACCAUUUACACAUAUACACGACAUUUGGCAAUCGCCACCUGCCGCUAUCUAAUCUUAUCGAGCUGAGGAAGCUUUCUUAUCUAAGGCCGCUCUCCCUGCCUGACUGUACGGCACCACUAGCCUGGAUGUUGUCACCGCCGCGUAUCUCAGCCGAGCCGCAAGUCUGGUCAAAACGAUUUCAACGAACGAGCCCAACGGACAUCUGUUUCUAGUCCGCCACUGAGCAAGCUAUUUUUUUCAUCCGACCCCACGAGAAUCGACCCAAGCAAGCUUUCCAAACGAUGGGCAUCGGUUAUGGAGCCUCCGACGAGCAGCUGGAGAAGCAAAUUGGCUGCGUGAAGUACACGCUCUUCUGCUUCAACAUCGUGGCCUGGAUGAUAUCCACAGCGCUGUUCGCCCUGACCGUCUGGUUGAGGGCUGAGCCCGGCUUCAACGACUGGCUGCGCAUCCUGGAGGCGCAGUCCUUCUACAUCGGCGUGUACGUGCUCAUUGGCAUCAGCAUUGUGAUGAUGGCCGUCAGCUUCCUCGGCUGCCUGAGCGCACUCAUGGAGAACACCCUGGCCCUGUUUGUGUUCGUGGGCACCCAGGUCUUUGGGUUCAUCGCCAUUGUGGCCGGGUCGGCGGUCCUAAUGCAGUUCAGCACCAUCAACUCGAGCCUGCAGCCGCUGCUGAAUGUAUCGCUGCGCGGUUUUGUGGCAACAUCCGAGUAUACGUACUCGAACUACGUGCUGACCAUGAUCCAGGAGAACAUCGGCUGCUGCGGGGCCUCCGGGCCAUGGGAUUAUCUCGACCUGCGCCAGCCUUUGCCAAGCUCCUGCCGCGACACCGUCAGCGGCAACGCCUUCUUCAACGGAUGCGUAGACGAGCUGACCUGGUUCUUCGAGGGCAAAACCGGCUGGAUUGUGGCUCUGGCCAUGACUCUCGGCCUACUCAACGUCAUCUGCGCGGUUAUGAGCUUCGUGCUUGUGCAGGCGGUCAAAAAGGAGGAGGAACAGGCCAGCAACUAUCGCCGCUGAAGCCCAGGCUCGUUAAUCUAGUUAGUAGCGACAAGUGACCCUUCGAUAGAUCUAAGAAUUCAUACCCAGUUCGAACAAUAAGUACAAUAAAGAUUGCGACCCCCACAAGGAAA